AUGUCUGAUUCUAUUAUUCGUGCUAGUGAACUUCGCACUAAAAAGAAGGAUGAGCUCAUGAAGAGUCUUGUUGAACAAAAAGCUACUCUUGCUUCUCUUAGAGUUUCUCAAGUUACUGGAGGUGCCGCUUCAAAGCUUUCUAAAAUUCGUGUUGUCCGUAAAAACAUUGCCCGUAUCUUGACAAUCCUCAGUCAAACAGAAAGACAAGAAUUGAGAAAAUACUAUAAGGGAAAGAAAUUCCUUCCAACUGAGCUUCGUGCCAAGAAGACCCGUGCUAUGCGUAAGGGACUUACAAAACACGAACAAAACUUGAAAUCAGCUAAACAAUUGGCUAAGCUUCGUGCUUUCCCAAAACGCGUUUUUGCCCUUAAAGCUUAA